AUGGGUCUUUUAGCAUGUAAACCAGCUGGAUCACCAAUCGAUCAACAUCAUCAACUCAGUCUGGCUAAGGGAGCUCUCCUUGCUGAUCCAGAGGUCUACCGUCGUCUUGUGGGUCGGCUUGUCUAUCUUGCUGCUACUCGUCCUGAUCUCACAUAUGCUAUACAUGUUCUCUCUCAAUUUAUGCAAAGUCCAAGGGAAGAACAUUGGUUGGCAGCUUUGAAGGUGGUUCGAUAUCUUAAAGGGACAAUUGGCCAAGGGAUUCUUCUUCGUGCAGAAUCUUCUAUGCAUUUUAGUGGUUGGUGUGAUUCAGAUUAUGCUGCAUGCCCUCUCACACGGCGUUCUCUUACGAGUUAUAUUGUUCAGUGUGGAUCCUCUCCUAUUGUUUGGAAGACACGGAAGCAAGAUACGGUUUCUCGCUCAACGGCUGAAGCUGAAUAUCGGGCUAUGACGGAGGUUACGUGUGAGUUACGUUGGAUGAAGGGAAUUCUAAGUGAAAUGGGGGUUGAUCAUGCCGAGCCUAUGAUGCUUCUUUGUGAUAGUAAACCGGCAUUGCAUAUCGCAGCUAAUCUAGUUUUUCAUGAAAGAACAAAACAUGUGGAGAUUGAUUGUCACUUUAUACGUGAUGAUAUUGUUUGUGGUCUUAUUAAAACGAAGCAUGUUGAUACUAAGGAGCAGCUUGCCGAUAUUUUUACUAAGGGACUUGGCAAAAAGGAGUUUGAUGCUUUUCUUCUCAAGUUGGGCAUAGCCAAUUUGUAUGCUCCAACUUGA